UGGGUAUCGGAUCCUUUAGUAGAAAAUAGAAAGAAAAAGAAGCAGCACCAGCCGACUCUCGGUUCAGGUUCUGUCCACUACUUUCCCUCCAUUUUUUUCUCCACCUCUCUUCUUCAUCAUCACAAUUCAAGGUAAUCUUCUUCACAUUCCAAUAAUCUUCCCCCUUGUUUUUCUCUUAUUUAAAUGCUCAAAUAAAUAAAUUCUCUCUUAUUUUAUUUCUUUAAAUUUUUCUUCAAUGGCAAGAGGCCCUGUUGCUUCUCUAUUUAGAGCCUAUGCCUCAAAACAUAAGCCUUCUAGCUCUAGAAUCUUCCUCUGCAACCAUAAUUUUCAUUCUUUAACGAAAUUUAACAACUGGGUAUUUCAAAGUUAUCAUCUUUUUGAGCUCCCAUCUCAUCAUAAUAACUCCAUAACUUCAAUUAACCCUAAUAGUGCCCCUUUUAGCUCCAUCAAUUGGAGAAGGGCAUUUUCGUCAUUUGUCCCACAUGGGGAUAAUGACGACAGUAGCAUUAAUUUGGAAUUGGAAGGUAAAAAUAGUGUAGAUUUUGUAGCAAGUGGUGAUGAAAUUCAUCAUGUAGGAGGUACUGUUUCUGAUCCUUUAGAUGUUAGAGAUGAAUCUGAUAACCAGGAUAUAAUAGACAGUAGCAACAGUGUUGUUAAGAAAAGAAAUGUGGCGUUGAUUGACCCUAUAGAAUUAUAUCAAGAGCUUCGAAACGCUGAAAACCAUGGUAAGAUCAUCCGUUCGGAUUGGGACAGUCUGCAGGAGAUUUUUGAUUGCUUUUCCAAUUCUGGAUGGGCUGCCAAUCAGGCUCUGGCAAUCUAUAUUGGCAGGUCGUUUUUCCCGACUGCUUGUAAUAAGUUCCGCAACUUUGUCUUUAAGAAAUGUUCUGCCGAGCUUGCUAUGUAUCUGGUUCAGCUUGGUCCUUCUGAUGCAGCUGUUAGGUUCCUUUUCCCUAUAUUUGUUGAAUAUUGUAUAGAGGAGUUCCCUGAUGAGAUUAAGCGGUUUAGAAGUAUGUUAGAGUCGGCUGACCUUACAAAGCCACACACAUGGUUUCCUUUUGCGCGGGCGAUGAAACGCAAAAUUGUUUAUCAUUGUGGCCCGACGAAUAGUGGUAAAACCUACAACGCACUGCAGCGAUUUAUGGAAGCAAAGAAGGGUGUUUAUUGUAGUCCACUUAGGCUUUUGGCAAUGGAAGUGUUUGACAAGGUUAAUGGCCUCGGGAUUUACUGUAGUCUUCUCACUGGACAAGAGAAGAAAGAAGUUCCAUUUUCAAACCAUGUAGCUUGUACUGUGGAAAUGGUGUCGACUGAUGAAUUAUAUGACGUGGCUGUUGUUGAUGAGAUCCAGAUGAUGGCGGAUCCUUUUAGAGGUUAUGCAUGGACUAGAGCUUUGCUUGGUUUAAAGGCUGAUGAGAUUCAUUUGUGUGGAGAUCCAAGUGUUCUGAAUAUUGUUAGAAAUAUAUGUUCAGAAACUGGGGAUGAAUUGGUUGAAAACCAUUAUGGAAGGUUCAAGCCUUUGGUCGUGGAAGCAAAAACACUGACGGGAGAGCUUAAAAAUGUACGAUCUGGGGACUGUGUGGUUGCCUUUUCAAGAAGAGAAAUUUUUGAGGUAAAAUUAGCAAUUGAGAAAAAUACCAAACAUCGCUGCUGUGUUAUUUAUGGCGCCUUACCACCUGAAACUCGUAGACAACAAGCUAAUUUAUUCAAUGAUCAAGAUAACGAAUUUGAUGUGCUGGUUGCAAGUGAUGCUGUGGGGAUGGGUUUGAAUCUUAACAUUAGAAGGGUAGUAUUUUAUAACCUUUCAAAGUAUAAUGGCGACAAAAUGGUUCCUGUUUCAGCAUCACAGGUGAAGCAGAUUGCCGGAAGAGCGGGCAGGAGAGGAAGCCGAUACCCAGAUGGUCUCACAACCACCCUAAAUUUAGAUGACCUGAAUUACUUGAUUGAGUGUUUAAAGCAGCCUUUUGAUGAUAUAAAGAAAGUGGGUCUUUUUCCUUUCUUUGAGCAGGUUGAAUUAUUUGCUGGGCAACUUUCGAAUGUUACGUUUCCCCAAAUGCUUGAAAAGUUUGGUGAAAGCUGCCGUCUUGACGGCUCAUACUACUUGUGUAGGCAUGAUCAUAUAAAGAAGGUAGCAAAUAUGCUCGAGAAGGUUCAAGGUCUAUCUCUGGAAGAUCGCUUUAAUUUCUGUUUUGCUCCAGUAAAUGUAAGGGAUCCAAAAGCAAUGUACCAUCUUCUUAGGUUUGCUUCUUCAUAUAGUAAUAAGGCCCCUGUUGCUAUAGCAAUGGGAAUGCCAAGAGGAUCUGCCCGGAAUGACGCUGAGCUACUAGAUCUUGAAACCAAACAUCAAGUUCUUUCCAUGUAUCUGUGGCUGUCUAAUCAGUUUGCAGAGGAAACUUUUCCGUAUAAGAAGAAAGCAGAGGCAAUGGCAACAGAAAUUGCUGAUUUAUUGGGUGAAUCUCUCAUUAAUGCUCGCUGGAAACCAGAACCAAAGCAAGCAGAGAAACCGAAGCCUCAGCAAAAAGGAGAUGGUUACGACAGGCCUUCAUCAAUCAUUAGAAGAUAUAAGAAGAGAACAGAAGAAAAACAGUCAUCGCAGGAGUCCUCAAAGAAAGUUGCCGUGUAAGGAGUCUUACAAGAACUUGCUCUUACACAUUUCGAUCUAUGAGGCAGGUGAGUUUUGUAAUCAUUCGAUCUCUCUUCAAUGUAUCAAAUCAAUCGAAUGCUUGUGUUAGACCAUGUAGGAAAAUAUGAAUCAGCUUUAAGGAUGUAGGAUAGUUGUAUUUAUUUGGAGGUAAAUUACAAAAGUAAUGCAACGUUUUUGCGCUUUUCAUUUAUUUGACAUUGUGAAGUAGACGAUCCUUCAUUUUUCCACCCAAUUAACAGUCAUUUGAACGAAGUAGCAUUUUAGUUUUGAGGCAAGAUAAACGAAACAGCCUUCUCUGUGAUAUCUGAAAGAAAGCUUAUUCUAUAGCAGAGCUUUGGAUGGUCAUAAGUUGAUGGACGAGAGUGAUACUGAUAAAAUUAUGUGAGGGACCAUCUGAUAGUUUGGAAAACAGAGAUUUGAUUAAGACUUGUAAGAUCACUGGUCGGAUAUAAACAUUUGUAAGAAGUUAAUACAUUAUUUUUAGUUGAUUCCUUAGUUGGCCUGCUUGGUGCCAGAAUGAA